CAGUCCUCCACAGCGGGGCACGAGACCGGCAGCGCCGCCUGGAACAGCCUGGAAGAACCGGGAAGAGCCCGGAGCUUCUCCCCCCGUCCUCCUGCAGACCCCCCCGGCCGCUCCUCCAUGGAUUCCGACGUGAAGUGUAAGAUCGUGGUGGUGGGGGACAGCCAGUGCGGGAAGACCGCGCUGCUCAGCGUCUUCGCCAAGGACUGCUUCCCCGAGUGCUACGCGCCCACCGUGUUUGAGAACUACACGGCCAGCUUCGACCUGGACAUCCAGCGGGUGGAGCUCCGGCUGUGGGACACCUCAGGGUCUCCAUACUACGACAAUGUGCGGCCUCUGUCGUACCCGGAUGCAGAUGCUGUCCUCAUUUGCUUCGACAUCAGCAGACCAGAGACAUUAGACAGCGUCCUAAAGAAGUGGAGAUAUGAGGUGGAGGAGUUCUGUCCCAACACCAAGAUGCUGCUGGUUGGAUGUAAACUGGACCUCCGAACAGACCUCUUCACCAGGUCUCACACCCGACAGACGCCAGUGUCAUAUGACCAGGGCUUCAACACAGCCCGGCAGCUGUGCGCCCCCUACCUGGAGUGCUCGUCCCUGCAGUCUGAGAACAGCAUCAGAGACAUCUUCCACAUGGCCACGCUGGCCUGCGUGAGCAAGAACAGCAAAAACUCCAAGAGGAGGAAGUCCCGGGCCAACAAGAGGAUGUCUCACAGCGGGGGGGACGUGUCCGCCGUGUCCAUGGCGGGCUACCAGCAGACCAAGACCAAGAGCUGUGCGAUCAUGUAGACUGCUGGGAAAUGGAGCUGCUGGAAGUGAAGCGCAGCGGACUUCAUGCAGACAGUAGACUGAAAAAAUGCUCUGGAACUUUCUGGAGGAUGUGGACGUCCCACAUGGACAAAGAGCAGGACGUCUUCUGUCCACCACAGACUGCUCAGAGGUGGACACACAGACUGGUUUCCUACACAAACUUUUCCCAGACUGAUCCUUAAACAUGGCAUGAUGUGCAAACUUAUCUUUGAUUUGAAACAUAAAUUCUAUAUAUUUUAUAAUUCUGGAUUUAGUUUCAACAAAGUUUGUAAAAAAAAAAAAAAAAAAAGAAAGGUAUGGAUCCUCAGCAUCAUGUGCUUGAUUUGCUCUGUAUUUUCUCGUCCUUAAUUCUGUAUUUUCUUGUUGAAUAAUGUUCCCUCUUCAUACAAACUGUUUUGUGUUGUUUACGUCAGACCGGUUCGUUCCGUCGGUUCUUCCCGGCUCCCUUCAUCCAGUCAGCGAGCAGGAGCGGCGCUUCCUGCCGUCUCUGAAUCGUCUCUUAAUGAGACGGAGACAUUUGGACACGUCUCCUCCUCCCUGAUUUGCUCUCUUUAGACUUAAUACAUUUUAUUCAAUUCCCACAAUGCUUUGGUAUUCUGGUUUUCUUGCUUGUUUUCAAGUCUUUAGGACGUGUUUGUUUUUCUCGACAUGGUAAUCAAAUCUUUUCAAAGUGGCUUUUCCCUCCCUGAAUGAAUUUAUUUUCAACGUGUGCCGAGCCGUUUUGGAUGUGAACAUGUGAAACGGCGUGAGAGUCGGGCGGAGUGGGAUUUUUAACCUCUUAUCCAGUCAGUGUUUGUUUGGUGACUAACAUUAAUAAGUUAUACAGAAGGACUGGUUGAACACGUGUUGAUGGAAAUCCUUAUAAUGAAGGUUUUACAAGUUACACAAUAAAUAGACGGAUUUUACUUGAAAUUUUUUUUUCUGCUUUUGAUUGCUCAUGCCUCCAUAGAGCCAGAGGAUCUAUGAUUUUUAAACAGUGGAUU